AUGUCUGUGUAUAAGUCAGCGCCUGGCUCUCACGCCACCAAGCAUGGAGCAAACAACAUGUCGAGUCCGAACAGUGGCUACGACCAUGACCACCGUAGUACAUCAAGGCGAGGCUCGAUUCAGACAACAUCUCUUGAUCUGAGCGAGGACGAUGAUGCAUUGUGGACCCGGCGGCCGUUACUCAGGAUUCCAACUGAGGACGCCGAAGCGUUUGUGCAACGUCGCUAUCUGGACAGCUCGCAGAGAUACGACGAUGUUGAGAAUGAUGGCUUCCAAGCUACGAACGCCAGUCGACACACUGUUCACGUACCAGAACCAGCCGAAGGCGACACAGAGGGUAAUCGUGCCAUCGACAGCCUCCAGGACGCACACAUAAUGGAUGUUUUCAACGCUUAUGAACAGCAAGGCUUAGGUCGAGUGGUGUACUGUAUGUGGUGCGGCGUUGGAGACGGUGUCGCGCAUAAGGUGGAUUGCAGAUACCUUCAUCAUCUGUUCACCCAGCGAGGCUUUCUUCGAUCCAAUAAAGACACCGAAGCACCCACAUUGCCGACACUGCUUCUCGAAGAAGGGCCGCCGUUUCCGGAUAUUCUGAACCCGAAUGUCGCUAUUGAUCCACAUAACUUGUUGAUCAGCCAUUCGCCGAACACCGGCCAGCUUGACAAAGAUGGCGAUCAAGAUGGUGCUGGUGCUGCGAGCAUUGAUGGCGAGGAAUUUGACGGGCUUUACGACGUGGCUGCAACGGCUAUACUCUCACAGCUCGACUCAUACCAACCACCGCAAUUACCAUCAAUGCGAGGCGGCGUGGCACACAUGCUACCUCCGAUCGUAGGAUUCUCUGCCACUGCUGGACCAACACGUGAACCACAUCACCAUAGACGAUGA